GGAAUCCCAUCAUCCUCUGACUGGAUCUGUUGGGGAGACUCGUGGGACCCCUGGCGGUCGGCAGUGAAGAGAAGAAGGAUAUGCAUAUUGCAUAGUAACCGAAUUCAUAAAGUCAGGAUUGGCUGGGAAACGGGCUCUCCCCCCUCACAAAUGUCAAUGCCAAAGGAAAUCAAACGCAAGUGAUUGGCUGAGUGUCGGAUGAUCCGUUAACUUUGUACACUUCGAACAAGGAGGGGGUCCGGACAUCGUGUCGGCUUGUCCCGUCGUUCCACCAUCUAACCGUUUAUCCGCAUUCCCAGGUGUUGCUCAAGAACUUGAACCUUCGGUAUCCUCUUUCGUCUGCUCCAAGAUUCCCAUCAUCUUAUCGUCGACCCCGAUAUCAUCCCCUGUCUUUCGUCUAAGCAUUGAAGAGUUUAAGCUGCCCCUUCCGUGCUUCAACCGCGAACAAUAUCAUGUCGUCUCGUGCUACCACUUCCCUCUCCAAAAUCGCCCGUCCCUUCAGUUCCACCGCCUCGAUUGGACGCCAUAGCAGCAUCAAUGGCCCCAAGGCUGCAACCAAUGCCGCGAGGAAACAAGAACUGAGAGCCGAUGGCCGGUCAUCGGAAACCCAAGAUCCCACCACGCGCUCAAUAUCCACCCGCACCAAGACCCGCCCCGUCCCGCCAGCCGGCCGCACCGUCCCCCUGAUGCAAACCUUCCGGACCUCGGCGCCGGCGCCGGCACCCCUCUCCACCCGCACCAUCGACUGCGCCGUGCUCCCGACGCUCUACAGCCUCGCCGACACGUCCGACCCGGCCUCGGACCCCGUCGUGAUCCGCAUCCCCCUCCUGCCGGGCACGCUCGCCGCGCACGGCCCCGAGCCCGCCGACCCGCCCCUCCCCGCGGCGCCCGAGAUCCUCGUCGUGGCGCCCCUCGCGCCUGAAGACACGGCCAGCGCCCUCACCGAGGUCGGCGGCAUCGGCGUCGACGGCGUCGAGCUGCGCUUCGUGCACGAGCCCGAGCCCGAGGCGCCGCCGGCGAGGGGCAUGCUGAAGGACCUGUGGGAGGGGUUGGUCGAUGAUGUGCUGGGCGGGCCGCAGAAGGCGAAGCCUGUUGUUUGAGUAUUUGUUUUUGUUUCGGGGGUUUGGGGAUGGAUGGGCUUGGUUGGAGCUUCGGGCCUUUUCCUCUCUUUUUGGAUUGUCGUGUGUCGUGUUCAUCCUUGUUUCGCCCUGCUUUUCAUUCUGCCUCCCAUGGGCCAGGUUGCGGAGUAUUUGAGCCCGGCUGCGAGACACUUCUCCUUACAUGUCUCGGAUUCGGAAUGUCGAGGCUGGUUUGGCUGGCGCCAACCCGCCGAGCCGUCACAGAUUGCAGACGGUUCUCACGUUGGAAGUGUAUGAGUUAUGACCUUUAUCUACGCCCUUGUAAUUAUGUCGUUCGUAGGGCCCCCAACUUCUGCUGUUCCUGGUUAACUUAAUCGCUCCAUCAACGCUCAUUCCGAAUAGUCUCUUCCGAC